AUGGGAGUAUUGGACAAAUUGUGUUCCGGAUUCAAUGCCACAAUAUUUACCUAUGGUCAGACUGGUUUUGGCAACACUCACACUAUUGGUAUAGCGUUUGGCGGAGAGUUGGAUGAAAAUUCAAUGGUCAUGCCUCGAUUAAUGUACAAUAUCUUUAAACGCAUUAAAAGUUUACAAAGAUUUACGGAAACCCUGGUUUCAUCGGUUGACGAAACAAUUGACUGUCUUAUGCUUGGCUCAUCAAGCCGCGCUAUUGCGGCUACUGCCAUGAAUGAGCAGUCAUCGCGCUCACAUACGAUUUUCACUAUCACCGUUGAGGCCACCAAGAAAGACGAAAUGAGCACAGUAACUACUUCAAAGUUCCAUUUAGUAGAUUUGGCUGGUUCACAACGCUCUAAGAAGACACAAGCUACAGCUAGUCAGGGCUCUGGUUUUGUCCGCUUUCGGGACUUCAAAUUGACUCGUUUGUUGCAAGACUCCCUAGGCGUCAAUCCGAUCAUUCUUAUGAUAGCCUGCGUUAGUCCGGCCGACUAUAAUGUUGCUGAGACCCUUUGCUAUGCAGACCGUGCGCGUAAAAUUAAAAAUAAACCGAUCGCCAAGAGUGCCAUACAACAGUUACCUAUUGAACUGUUGGCCGCUAAUGGGGAAGUUAUAGAAUGA